GAUCUCGGAGUGUCUGAUCGAGUUGUCACGCGAAGUAUCUCACAUUUUUACCAUAGUGAAUGUUACAGAAUCGCGGGAGAUGUUCAUUUUUAGAAUUUUCACUAGAUUCAAGUUACAGAAUCGAGCCGAGUACCUUCAGACUAGAGAUCUCACAUUUUCACUCGAUAGAUAUAGAAUCCGAUAAGUAAAUUCUCGUGAUAUGACAGUGCGAAAAAUGAGCAUUUACACCAAAAAUACAGAAUCGACUGCUUGGCUUGGUGGAAACAGUGUCAAAUGCUUUAAUCAUGAAUACCGACCUUUACAAAACUGUUCUCAUAUCUUGGAAUAAGCGUGGUGGCGCCAUCUAGCGGACUUAUCGCGUACCCCGUACAGCGCCAUAUUUAAUCCUGCUAUGUUUGUUUCCGAUCAACGUGAAAUGUCAAACGUACGAAGCAUUUAACCUGAAAAACCGGCAAUUAUGUUGCCCGGAAUUGGAUUAUUUGGCACGGGGAGCAUCGUGAAGGUAAUCGUUCCCAUUCUGAGAGCACAAGGCUUUAAAAUCGAGGCGGUAUGGGGCCGAACUUUGGCGGAGGCCGCAGAAAUCGCCACCCAGCUCUCGAUUCCUUUCCACACGAGUCAUGUGGACGACGUCCUCCUUAGGAAAGACGUCGACCUGAUAUUUAUCAUGUGCUCGCCAAGUCUGCACGCUCAAAUAGCCGUCAAAGCUUUGGGAAUAGGUAAGCACGUCGUGUGCGACAAACCGAUUGCUCUCAGCCAGAGCGAGGCCUUAAAAAUGGUCAGAGCGGCUCAGUAUUACCCAUCCUUGAUAAGCAUCGUCAAUCACAGUUUGAGGUUUCUCCCUGCGUUCACUCGUAUGAAGAAGGCUCUCGAGGAAGGCUUCCUAUAUGGCCCCGUUACGGUCAUCGAUAUUCGAGUGCAAAUGGGAACGAUGCUGCACGACGACUACGACUGGCUGUGUGACGAGACGAUGGGAGGUGGCAUCCUGGCUCUGGUCGGAACACAUGUCAUCGACCUAAUCUUCCACCUAGUGAAACAACGCGUAUCCAGGGUGCACGCAGUGGUACGCACCUUCACCCAGACAACGAGGAAGAUAAAUGGGAUUCGCUAUAUUACCUCUCCGGACUUCUGCACCUUCCAGAUGGAGCUGUCGGAGGGGACCCUGGUGACAGCGACCCUGAGCAACCACCUGCAGGGCCAGUUGACGCAGGAGGUGCUGGUGUGUGGGGGUGGCGGUUACCUGAUAGCCCGAGGAGGCGACCUAUACGGCCGCCGAGGGGAGCGAGACGCCCUGGAGCCCGAGGAGGUCCUGUACCUCGACAAGGAGAGUCCGGAGGAUCGCGACACCUCCGCCGGAGAGAACGUCCCCUGGCCGUACUCCAGGGGCCUCAGGAACAUGAUCGGCGCCCUCCGGGAGGCCUUCCAGCCCGUGGAGGACAAGAGCGGGUGGAUCAAGAACCCCGUCUCCUCGGCGGCCAGCUUCGAGGACGGCCUCUACGUCCAGGCCGUCAUCGACGCCCUGAGGCAGAGCAACAAGCACAGGGAGUGGACCAAGGUCAACGUCAUGACGGAGGAGCCAGACCCGAACCCUCUGCUCAGCGCUGCCGUCAGGGCGACUGCCAUUUCGCUUUGAAAUUAGUCCUGGACUGGUUAGGCAAUUCCUUUUCACGGAUUUCUCGGGUUAAGGUGAUAUGAAAGUGUGAUAUGUACAUAACAAUACUUAUCAUCACCUUAAGAUGAUAUG